AUGGGGAACCUACCAAAGUUUCGACUACAGCAAAUCAAACCAUUUGUCGUCACAGGAGUUGACUAUGCCGGACCAAUAACUUUGAAAACGUCAACAACUCGCCGAGCUAUCCCGUGCCAAGCGUACCUAUGUCUCUUUGUCUGCAUGACAACAAAAGCACUACAUUUGGAACUCGCUUCUGAUUUAUCCACAGAAGUGUUUUUGAUGGCUAUGUGUCGAUUCAUUUUCCGUCGUGGCCCUGUUGAACAAAUACAUAGUGAUUGUGGCACUAACUUUGUGGGUGCAGCAAAUUUGUUCCAGACCGUUGACAAUUUCACUCGAUCCACAGAGUACCAGACAAAAUGCAGAGACUACCUCACUAAACGUAACAUCAGCUGA